CAUAGAUGGAUAUGGAUAGACUAAAAAAAAUGUAAAUGUCUAUUGCCUAGUACCUACAUAUAAAAAAUAUCGACAAAAAAAGCAGAUAAGCAGUUGGUUUUCAUUUUCAACAAUAAUUCAAGUAAAAAUGUAACCAAAAUCAAUCUUAACAACACUGUUUUCUAUAGCUUCUUACAUUUUCUUAAUGUAUCACACUAAUAUGAUUAAUCAUUAGUUAUAUAGAAAAAGCUCACCAGAUUAUAAUAAUGGAUGCUACGGCAUCGCCGCAAAUUGACGCUGAUAUAAAUGAUGUGUAUGGGUUAUUUCUGAAGAUUGAGAACUCUAAUUUUCGUACGGUCAAGCCAAGAAGUACAGUAAUCAAAUACACCAAGCUUCCGGAAUUUGAAUACGACAGGAAAGUUUUUUCAGGGACAUGGCCUUCAAACAAGUAUUCUUUAACUCCACGUGUGCGCCGCAUCAUUUCGAUUGAAGGUCCAACCUUCGUGACUAGCCGAUCACUUUGUGCUGACAUACUAGCAUCUUCUAAAACCAUGACUUCAAAUAUUACUCAGAGGAAAAUUGUAACUAUAACAGAGGAUGACGAAAAUGAUUUACAUCCUAAGUUUGCUAAAAAGCCAGCUCCUAAAAUAACAAGUAGAUCCGUUGGUACUGAUCUAUUACAAAAAGACAAGUAUUUCUCAAAAACUACUGCUUCAAGAUUAGCUAUACCAAAAAACUCAAAAGAACUUAAAAGCAGUCCUCGGGGGAGAAAUGUAAACAGUAAAGAUAGUAAUGUACUAAAGCCUGUCCCUAGAAGUAAAUACUCAAAUGUUAGUCAACCGUCCAUGUCAGUUAUUAAGCAAGCCAAAGGGAAAGAUGCAAUGUGUAACACGAAAAGUGAUAAUAUAUCCAAUAUUAGCAUAAACACAAAUUCAACAACAAAAAGUGUAAGUGAGAAAGAAGUUAAAUCAUACAAAAGGCUACAACAUUUUAAGAGCAAUUCCAAUAUUUCAAGACCUUCAGAAACAUCUCGUAGCCAAAGAGCUCCUAUACAUCAAAAUGUUAAAGGAAAAUUACUGAAAAAAAUUGCCAGUAGUAGUAAGAAACCUGUCACUAUUAUACAUGUACCCCUUGAAGAUAAAUACCAAAAAUAUGAUGAUAAAUUUUCGAGUACAGUUACAGGUUUAGAAACCGAAGUGCCAAAUUUAACGAAAAGUAAUUGUAGUAUGGAUAUAGAAAAAUACAUGGUAUGUAGAAAUGUAGACAUUGGAACUGAUCCCACACCAACAGAAGACCGAGAAAUACAAAUGGUUGCGGAUCAGUUAGUAUCUCCUUAUUCUAUAACAGAAGAAAACAAAAGAUUGUUUGAUAGUCUUAAAAUACCAAAUGUUACACUGACGAAAGAUCGAAGUGAACAUACAGAAGAAAUAGUUCAGUUCCAUAGUAAAUCUCUGCCAAAUCUGAAAGUGCCUGCUCUCCAGAUAACUCCAUCUAAGUUAAAUGACAAAUCUACUAAAGAACCAAGUAUUUUCAAGUCUUACAUUAUCAGUUCCGCAACAGUUACAUGCACCACGAGACAAAAGAUAAAUUUCGAAGUGGUCGGCUCCAAUAACGACUCUUCUUCCGAACAAUCCACAAACAAAUUGGCAUACCCAAUGAAUGUAGUUUCAGUUUACAAGAAGAAACUGAAAAAUACUGAAUCAAAUUGCCUGUCAUCUAAAAAUACGUGUAAACACAGAGACAAGUCCGAGGCAAAGUACACAAACCAACUCAAUGAAUUUAAGUCUCUUAAUUAUUCCUAUGUCUUUAAUAGUAGUAAAUUAGUGAAGCCGUCUGAUAUAAUCAGCACAAUAAGAUUCAAUAGUUUGUUACAAAGCGACUACAUCAGUGAGCAGUUUCAAAGAGAACUCAAUUUUAUAGAUUCCUUUUUUGAAUCUCUACAAUAUCUAGAAAGCUGCUCCUUUCCAGACAAAGGCUUUUCCGAUAAUAAAGUACAGUCUUGGGUCCACAAGGCUGGGUUUGCCGACAUCAGCCCGGAUUACGGCUCGUUUCUCUCGAAGCUGGAAAAUGGAACAAAUGUUGAUGAUUCUGAAACAAUGGCUUCCAAGAGUCUUUGUCUGCUCAACCUGCUCAUCCGAGAUGAACAAAGGCGAGCGAAGAAUCUUCUUUUUGUUUUAAAAAUGCGAGAAGAUGCUCUCAAGGACUUUACAAAAUCUCAAAUUCUUUGGCUAGAAGACAAAAAGAAACAGGACAACACAGAUAUAUCAACACUAAAAAAAAAGCAGCGCGGCGCUCUUCUCAAACUGCAGCACGAAUGUGGGGAAAUGCAACGCAUGCGUAAAGCACUGCUCACACUCACAGAGAAACGGAAAGUAGCUUUGAUGAAAACAAAGAAAAACAUAGAACUAAAAUUGAGUAACAGCUUGAAUGUUGAUCAAAUAUUAUUAGGAAAGAAAAAAUUGAAAAAAGGGGUAGCAGAACGCAUUACGGUGCCAUUGAAAUGUUUUGAUUUGUCGAGUAGUGGAUGCGAUGACAGUGGCACUGCUCGACCAAAGGCUGAAAUGCCUCUGUCUGGUUCGCCAGUGCGUUCCCAAAUAACCAGUGUAGAGAAAAGCAUUCAAACAGGUGACAGUAUUUUAGAAACAGCAUUGACCACGGAUACUGCUGCAGAGAAUUUUAUUGUUGUCGAUGGAGGCUAUCUAAACAUUCUUUUCCAUAAUUUGUCACUACCGCAAAUAUUCAGCCAUGGUAAACACUACGAAGUCAAUGAAGAGGCAUUAAGGAAUAUAGUGCAUUCUUCAAACGUCCACAACAAUAAUUUUAAUCAAACUGAUGUCAUUGAGAACUUUAUGGAUCACAUGAAGAAUUCUGAUGUCGAGUGCAGUACGCCAUCAACUGCACGCAGUCUAGUCGAGGAAAUGGAUCAAUAUUACAAGGAUCUUACGGAGGGAGAUAAAUUGUCUGAUAGAGAUUAUGCAGUAGUGACAGAGGUGAAAGACAGUGUGAUUAAAGUUUUGGAUUAUGUGGCUUCUCCAAGUGAUAGUAAUUUUGUGUCAGUAAAUAUUUGCGGGGAGACUGUGAUGAGUGUGGACAAUGUAGAGAGUUCUGAGCAUUGCGAGAGUGUGGUGCCAUCCAGGUUACCGAGUCCAGAAGUGCGGGAAGAGGAGGUGGGGACGCAGACCGGGCCGCUGCCGGUCCCAGCGGGGGCCGUCGCUACAGUCGAGACCCAGCAACUGCCCGAUGUCCCCCUUUGGUUAUUGCCCACAUCAUCAACAUCGUCGAUGAGUUCAGAGACCUCAAACAGUAGCCAACCGUUAUUGAGUCGAUCCAUGGUGUCCUUGUCUGGAAUGGCGUCUCCGGUACACGAAGCGGAGGAGUUGCGCCGACAGCAGCUUGCCAUCGAGAGAGAGAUAAAAGCUUUAGAACAGCAACAAUGUCAGUUGGUGGUCCGCGAGAUCCCGGACAAGCCCCCGCCCCCUUACACUCCGCCCACCGAAAGCCGGCUGACCAGAAACCCGCGCAUGUACUUAGCUGACGAAACCACCUCUCAAAGAGUCCACAAGUACAUUACGAAUCCGAAUCUCGGGCCUUGCGACCCAACAGACGCGUUCGACGUUUUCGUUAACGAUUUCUGCAAUGACACUAUAAGAAAGCACCGUUUGGAGGACAGCGACAAACCCUGGGACGCGUGUAAUCUGUUACCACAAAAGCAGCCGGUCAACACGGAAAAGCUAUUAGCGAGAACGUCGGAGGAACUCGUCGAUGUGUUUACGGGAGUCGCGCCUACCGUCGUCUCAGGUGUGGCGUCGCGACGAUCAGACCACAUAGAGGAUAUUCUGUUCACGGAGUGGCGCCGUUGCGAGCCCGAGUGGACUACGCUUCACAAUGACGAAGUCGCCGUCAAGAACCAGCUGUUCGAAAGCAUUUUCCAAAGGAUCCUCACAGAAACCAUCGAUGAAUACAAGAGAAUAGUCCAAGUUGAACAGUAAGCUCCUAGUAGUGUUGUUAAGGUUUGCUUUGGCAAGCCAUUUAUGUUGUACUGUAUACAUACCUAAAUUAUAUUAUUUAAACUUUUAUUAUACAAU